CAGAUUUGUUCCUGACCUUCCAUAAAAAUGUCCAAGCAACAGCCUUCUCAGUUUACCAAUCCAGAAACCCCUGGCUAUGUUGGAUUUGCAAACCUUCCCAAUCAGGUUCACCGGAAGUCUGUGAAAAAGGGGUUUGAAUUUACUCUGAUGGUGGUUGGUGAAUCUGGAUUGGGAAAAUCUACAUUAAUAAACAGCCUCUUCUUAACAGAUCUCUACCCAGAAAGGAUAAUCCCAGGAGCUGCUGAGAAGAUUGAACGCACAGUGCAGAUUGAAGCCUCAACAGUUGAAAUUGAAGAGAGGGGUGUGAAACUACGUCUGACGGUUGUAGAUACACCAGGAUAUGGGGAUGCUAUCAAUUGUCGAGACUGUUUUAAAACCAUAAUCUCUUACAUUGAUGAGCAGUUCGAGCGAUACCUGCAUGAUGAGAGUGGGUUGAACAGAAGACACAUCAUAGAUAAUCGGGUUCAUUGCUGCUUCUAUUUCAUUUCACCGUUUGGUCAUGGCCUUAAGCCUCUGGAUGUUGAGUUUAUGAAGGCCAUACACAACAAAGUAAAUAUUGUACCAGUGAUUGCAAAAGCUGAUACACUUUCUCUGAAAGAGCGAGAAAGACUAAAGAAAAGGAUUCUGGAUGAAAUAGAAGAGCAUGGCAUCAAGAUUUAUCACCUGCCUGAUGCUGAAUCAGAUGAAGAUGAAGAUUUUAAAGAGCAGACCAGACUCCUGAAGGCCAGCAUUCCAUUUUGUGUAGUGGGAUCCAAUCAACUCAUUGAAGCCAAAGGUAAAAAAGUUAGAGGUCGGCUCUAUCCAUGGGGUGUAGUUGAAGUGGAGAAUCCGGAACAUAAUGACUUCCUGAAGCUGAGGACCAUGUUAAUUACCCAUAUGCAAGAUCUUCAGGAGGUGACCCAGGAUCUUCACUACGAGAACUUCCGCUCUGAGAGGCUCAAACGAGGCGGCAGGAAAAUAGAAGAUGAAGAAGUAAAUAAAGACCAAAUUCUGCUUGAAAAAGAAGCUGAACUUCGUCGCAUGCAGGAGAUGAUUGCGAGGAUGCAGGCACAGAUGCAGAUGCAGAUGCAAAGUGGAGAAGGAGAUAGUGCGAUUCAUGGACACCAUGUAUAAAGUCUUUG